ACAUGUCCCAGGGCCAUAAGAUUUCCCUGAAUCCCUCGGCUUGCUUUCGUUCCUUCAUCGAAAAUUUUUUUAUUCUUACUUGAUGUGAUUGCUUAGGGUUUAUUUUUAAUGUUUUUUUUCUUGUUCUGUUCAUCCUUCCUUCUCUCGUUGAUUGCCAUUUGCCAUGUUUUUGUUCCAUAAUCUUUUAACGGUUUGAUUCUAUUGGCAAAUAUGAGCCAUAUGUUUCACGUUGCAAUCCCUUUCAAAUACUGGACUAAUUCGUUCUAGAAACAGCAAUCGGCGAGGUUGAAGAUGAAAAUUUUGAAACCCUAAUCGAUAUUAGGGGCUGUGAUUUUUGUGAACCUAUUGAUCCGUCGGCGCGCUUUCUUUUUCUCGUUGGUAGAGAGGAGAGGACUUGGUCUCCGCGGAAGCUGGGCGGCGCUGUCAACCUCUUUUGACUGCGAGCCCAGUUUCAACACGUUGCCUUCGUUAUCCUAUUUUUCUUGGGACUCGUGCGACAAGAAUCUCUCAAGCAAUUGCAUUACUUCUUGUUCUUCUUGAAGAAUUUGUUCUGUUUCGUCAUCAUGGCUUCAUUUUAUGGAAACUUUCAACGGCCUCUAUCGGCGAUGGCCGCGGUUGUCUUCGCUGCCGUGUCCUCCGACUAUAUCCCUGAACGAUUUACCGGUCUCAAGUCUUCAGAUGCUAAUUCUCUCUCCGUUCCCAGCUCUUCAGAGAUGUCCGACUCACCGGCUUCUGCAAUCUUAAAUCUAAGGAGCUCAGAGGGUCUCUCUUUUCUGUCUAAGGCUUGGCCACCGGUCAAUUCGGGCAUUUCUCGUUCAUCUGAUUUCAUGUUUGGUUCCUCAUCCAUGUUUGCUUCGCCACCGGCACUUCUUGAUAUUUACCAUUAUGCGAAGCUAACCAAUCUAUAUAAGAAUCGCGAGUUUAGUCCUCGAACAACUUACUCGUCUUCAGAUGUUCUUUACCGAUGGCAUCUUCCGAACCCUAAUGCCGAUGGGAUGUUAGGGAAAUCUAAUUGCUCUUCUGCAAUGUCGCAGACAGUUGUGGUUUUGUUGGGGUGGUUGGGUGCAAAGCAAAAGCACCUGAAAAGAUAUGCUGACUGGUACACAUCCAGGGGAUUUCAUGCUGUGACCUUCACUUUUCCUAUGUCUGAAAUUAUUAGCUACAAAGCUGGUGGGAAAGCUGAAAUAGAUGUGGAAAAUCUUGCAAACCAUUUGGCUGAUUGGGUUGAGGAGGAAAGUGGGAAGAACUUGGUUUUCCACACGUUCAGUAACACAGGCUGGCUAAUAUAUGGAGUUCUUAUUGAAAAGUUUCAGAAGCAAGAUCCUUCUGUAAUAGGGAAGAUCAAGGGUUGUGUUGUGGACUCUGCCCCUGUGGCUGCCCCUGACCCACAGGUUUGGGCUUCCGGAUUCUCUGCUGCCUUUUUAAAAAAGCAAAGCGUAGCUGCCAAAGUAAUGCCAGAUCCUAAUAUUUCUGAAAUGGGUGUGGCAAUGGCCGUUAAUUCUUUGGAACAGCCCAAACCUGCAGUUCUCGAAGUUGCUAUGUUAACUGCUUUGGAGAAAUGUUUUAACGUGGUGCUGAAUCUUCCUACUAUUAACAGGAGGUUAACUGAUGUGUUGAAAGUUUUAUCCACGGAGCAGCCCAAUUGCCCACAAUUAUACAUCUACAGCUCUGCUGAUAGGGUUAUUCCAGCCAAAUGCGUCGAAUCAUUUGUGGAGAAGCAAAGAAGAGCAGGCCAUGUGGUCAGGGCAUGUAAUUUUGGGAAUUCACCUCAUGUGGACCAUUUCAGAAACCAUCCGCAUCUCUAUUCUUCGCAGCUCACCAGCUUUUUUGAGGACUGCGUUCUGCCAUGCGGCGAAGACUCUUCAUAAAGAAACCACUAACUGGAAUUUACAUUUUUUUUUUAAAUGUAUCGUAAAAACUAUCAAUUAACCAUUUUUCCUUCUCGGCAGUCAAAUUGGCUCUGCCGGAAUUUUUGAUUUUUUUUUAUUUUUAUUUUUUGUGAACAGAAGCUAAUCAUACAAAGACAUGCCGAAGCCCUAGGUUUAGCUAGCCUUACGUUCCUGAUGUCAGAAGGUUCGAGCCUUGAAGCUCCGUUAUUUGAUUGGUUCAAACUAGGAAUCGACAUUCUAUAAAAUAGAAACC